AACCACGCGCUCACGGAGUCACGGCUCAUCUUCGGACCUUCCCCAGUUCCCCGCGAUAUCGCUAGGGUUUCCGCGAUGGCGACACUUCGCUCCCCGAGCCCCCGCGGAGACGUUCUCCUCGACUCGGCGCCGCUCCUCGGUGGUGUCGGGCGGCGCCGCGCGGGCGCGCUGCGCCGGCCGUCUCUCCGGGGCGCGGCGCGGCUGCUGCGGCGUGGCGGGCGCCGAGCGAUGCGGGAGCCGUCACUGCUGGUGCGGGAGGCCGCGGCGGAGCAGCUGGAGGAACGGCAGGCGGAUUGGGCCUACUCCCGCCCCGUGGUGGCGCUCGACUUCCUUUGGAACCUCGCCUUCAUCCUCGUCUCCGCCGUCGUGCUCGUGCUCAGCCACCACGAGAGCCCCUCCAUGCCGCUUCGUUUCUGGAUCGCUGGGUACACCGCCCAGUGCGUCGUCCACAUGGUCUGCGUUGCCAUCGAGUAUCGUUUGCGAUACGGCCAGCUCGGCGGGUCGCCAAUUCCUGUCGACGAGGAGAGCGGAAGUGGUAGUGCAUCAUCGUCCUCCAGCGACGACGACAGAGAGCACGGCUCCCAUAGUCGAAGUGGUGACUGCCUCAGUAUAGCUAAACAUCUGGAGUCUGCUAACACAAUGUUCUCAUUUGUGUGGUGGAUAAUUGGAUUUUAUUGGGUAUCUGCUGGUGGAGAAGUUCUUACCCGUGAUGCGCCUCAACUUUACUGGCUUUGCAUCGUAUUUUUGGCGUUUGAUGUUUUCUUUGUCGUCUUCUGUGUGGCUUUGGCCUGCAUCAUUGGUAUUGCUGUUUGUUGCUGCCUUCCUUGUAUCAUAGCAAUUUUAUAUGCAGUGUCGGAUCAGGAGGGAGCAUCUGAAGAUGACAUUCGUCAAAUUCCAAAAUACAAAUUUCGGAAGAUGGAAGAGCCUGAAAAGCAGUCUGUUGGUGUGCCUGGAUCUUCUGGUGGAAUAAUGAUAGAAUGUGGAACCAAUCAACCUAUUGAAAAAGUACUUGCAGCUGAAGAUGCGGAGUGCUGCAUUUGCCUCUCAGCUUAUGAUGAUGGCGCAGAGCUCCGUGAACUCCCUUGUGGCCACCAUUUUCAUUGUGUUUGCAUCGAUAAAUGGCUGCACAUCAAUGCCACGUGCCCCCUAUGCAAGUACAAUGUUCGAAAAAACAGCAGCAGCAGUGGCAGCGAAGAAGUAUAAAUCUCUAUACGAGAAUAUUGAGAAUUCAUACCCAACAGUUCUGGCUUCUCGCAGCAAAUUUUUUAUCCCAUAAUCCCAUGAGUUCGCAUUCGUAUCUGUGGCAGUGUGAUGAAGAAAAUGAUCCAUGUAAAUUCUCUUGUUCGUAAUACGGCUAUAGCAAUAAUUCUGUGUCAACUUUGCUCGUGCUGUUCUCGGUGUGUUUAGAUUUUUAUAGUAUGUGUACUUGUUAUAGAAUUUCUGUAGAGCAGCUUGUUUGUGUAGUCUAAUGUUUUAUAAUAAUCAUACUAGCAGUACAUGUUCUUGCUCA